AUGGCAGCCCCACAAGAAAACGGCGGAUAUUCCGUCUUCAGCCGCCUCCAAGGACAUAAAGGCCAAGUGCUUUGCAUCGCUGCCCCAGCGGCGAAGGCGGCAGAGGCGUUGGUCGCAACAGGCGCAGAGGACAGCACAGUCCGGCUGUGGGACUUACGAGACGGUGCUACUGCAAGAACUCCCGGGGGAUCGGGAACAACGUCUUCGGGAACAACGUCUUCACCGCGAGUGGCAAUGUGCCUGUGUCGGUGUUUUGGUGGAGAGGCCGUAUCCAGCGUUGUCUUCGGCGCGGACGGCGCACAUCACCUGUACUGUUCGGCUGGCGGCAAGACCUGGAAGUUAGCUGAUAUUCCGUCAUGGCUGCAGGUGCUCGAAUUUGAUCUUCGGUUAUCAGGGGGGAGUCGCGCGCUUCUGAUGACAAGCCCCACCGAGGUUUUCGACGAUGGCGAGCUCUUCAACCCCCCUUUUGUCCAUUCGGUCGACUUCACCGCGGACGGCUGUUUCCUGGCGGCUGGUCUUGGCGACAGUGGCGUCGUUGUCGUUGACGCAAAAACUCGCGCGCCUGUCGGCCGCUGUGACGGUCAUUCCGCCCCAGUAUCUCAGGUGCAUUACCCCAGCUUUGAUCCGAAGCUGCUAGUUUCCGCAGGAAACGACCAAAACCUCCUUUUGUGGGACCAACGACAGUUCGAGCAUCACAGCGAAGAGUCGAAGGGAAACAUCGGCGACGGUGGGGGUGCUGGUGGUGGUGAUUCUGGGGUAUCAAAAUCAAGGAAGUCGAGGCCAUCCGGAAAGAAAAAGGGAAGGUCAAAGGGAGUCAACAAACAUCAACCGGCCGAGGUCGACGGGGCACAGCGGAGGGACAACGGAAGAGAGGGCUUAAGUGGCGGAAACAUAAGGGAGGAGGUGGGGCCCGAAGCGGACGUCGGAAACGUCUCUUCGGAAGCCGGCGAAACCGCCACCGAGGGCCUCCGCGACGGUAUUGUCAGAUGCUCGGUCCCGCUGCUGUCGGUGCGUCUCGAGGAGAAACCAAACUGGGUCACCAGCUUCACAGUACCGUACGCUGCGAUUGCGGUAGCGGACACGAGCUCAGUUGCCAAGAUUUUGAGAGCGCACGGCUCGUGA